AGGACUAGGAUUACUUUCAGUAUCAUUUCCUGAACACUGGACUCUUCAUGGGAAGUCCUGCCCCGAGAGUAAAUAACACACACACACACACAGGCAGCAAAGCUUGUAGAUCAUCAAAUCAACUUCUCACACGGAUCUACAGGGACAUCGAGCACCAGAAAAAUAGAGAUUACAUUUAUAUAAAACAUCAGGGGUACAAUGGUUCGAACAUUGAACAAUAUGGUGGAGCUGAGAGGUUCUAGAUUUGGUCGUCCCUGGCCGAGGCACGGACUGAAGCUCCUAUUCUGGUUCGCCAACGAUUACAUCGUCUUUGACAACGACAACCAGAUGUUUGCAAAUUACGACCCCGAAGAGGGAGACUUUGGUUUCCAUCACUUCCGCAACAGACUUGAGUGUGAAAACAAUGUCUGCAAGAGGCUGCUUCCUGAUGAUGGCUACCCAUUCUAUGAGGUGGGCAACCUCCACCUCACAGCAUCUAAAUCCAUGCCUAAUUAUGUCAGGAAGUACAACACUGGUAACAUAGAUACCAGCAACAUGGACCGUCUCAUCAUCAGUAUGCGUCCAGACAUGACAGUAGAUAAGGUCUAUGUGACCCAGCACGAGGACCUGAGGAACUUCGACCCGGUCAACACCUAUUGCAUCAGCAGGGGGUUGCUCAUGAUCAUGUGCGGCCAUUCAUCCGCGGACAUGUCAUUGGGGUACUUCCUGGAACAGGCGGGCUAUUCCCCCCACGAACCAAUUUCAAUUAUGUAUCAGGGCAUCGCCCCCAGGGAGUCUGGGGAUACCAGGAUUAAUAUAGAAGUUGAAUCCAGAGCUGCACCAGGCUUCUGGGAAAGCUACUGUACCAUACUGUAACCAGGCUUCUGGGAAAGCUACUGUACCAUACUGUAACCAGGCUUCUGGGAAAGCUACUGUACCAUACUGUAGAUCAGUGUCCUUUAGUCCUGGUCCUGGGGACCCUGAAGGGGGGAACUUUUUAGUUUCUUGCCCCAGCACAUUGCAGUUCAUUAUGGUAUGUUCAUUUUCACUAAUACAUUUAGUCAUUUAUCAGACACUCUUAUCCAGAGGGACUUCAGAGCAUUAAACUAAAGGCAGAUAAACAACAACAUCCUGUAUCACAGUCAGAGGAAGUCAACUGUUUCUGUUACCAUUACUGAGAGGGUUGUUGAUGUUGGGGUUCUGCUACUGGGUAAUGUACUUCUGUAUUUUAAAAUACAAAAUACAUGCAUUUUAAUUAAAUACACUUCAAAAUACACAUAUUUUAAUUAAAUACACUUGAAAAUA